GGAGCUCGUCUCUGCCCCGUCCGCGGAACAGGGACUUUCUGCUCCCACAUUUCAACAUGCGACUGAUAAACCCAAUCGCCGGGAAUCAUUCAGAUAUGGCCACAUACGACGAGAUAUACUUUCAGUCAUGGCUCGACGCCUUGAAAGAAUGCGAGGUAACUCUCGAACGCCAUGACCACGGGCGGGCAUUGGGGGUGAAGUCAAUCCAAGACUUCCGGGAUGAGUUGGAAAAACUCACGGCUGAGUAUCAAGACGACGAAUCGAACAACGCAAUCAGAUUGAUUCAUCCUGUUCUCGAUCACUAUGAAACUUUCGCAAAGAAUUUCGUGAGCAUGAUGGCGCACCCUGUCGACACAUCGAUGAUGUGGGGGUUGCUCUUUCUGGUGUUCAAACUGGCCCUGAGUGGGAGCUCGCUGGCCAGCCCAUCAACGUUCAACCCCUUAAAACGAAUCACUAAAUGGCUGGAAAGAAUCGGACACAAGCUAGAGGUUUCGAACGACUGCAAGGAUUGUAUCACCGACUUAUCAAAGAUCAAGAAAGAUACUGUUGCGGUCAACAAAGAAGUUGUCCUUCUUUGGCUCAACAUCAUCAUGACGUUUCGGAACAAAGGGCUGGGCCGCGAGUUCUCUCUCGACGAAACCGCGUGGGAAUCUCUGACAAACACCUUCAAUGACGCCUAUGGGAACAUUGAUGAAGCGAUCCAACGAAUUGCACAAGUGGCGGAAAUGGCAGAGAAGCAAGCGCGUGCGACGCGCCUGAUGCAGAUAUCGGAUCGUAUAAUGAAUCCGAAAGAAGCCAAGCAAGAUAGGGCAGCUCUCCCAUGCAACAAUCUACCUGUGGCAGAGAACAGACAGUUCUUUGGCCGAGAUGAGAUCUUGCAGAAAUUGGACGACCACCUACAGCCGGCGAACACGCAAAAGCCCCUGUCAUCCAUUGCUUUGCAUGGCCUAGGCGGUAUUGGUAAAACGAAAAUCGCGCUUGCCUAUGCAUACCAUAAGCUUCAUGACCUCGAUGCUGUCUUCUGGAUACCUGCGCAAGACUCAUUCUCGAUCCAACAGGGCUUCAACCGGGUUGCUGUUGAUGCUCUCAAGCUUCCCAAUGCACAACCGCAGGCUUACCAAGAGAACAUGAUAUUAGUACUGACCUGGAUGCAUACGACAAGUGGGGCCAUUAACCCAAUGACAAUGCGAUGAUACUAAAGUGAUCGCACAGGUGCCAAAUAGCUUCUCAUAUUCGACAAUGUUGACACACACGACGCACUCGAUGAUUGUUGGCCUGCAUCUAAGCAUGGGGCGAUCCUUGUUACUACCAGGGAUGUUCUAGUUGCUACUCUACCUAUCGACGAAGGGUUAGAGGUUGAGGAGUUCGGGACAGAUGACGGAGCGGAGUUUUGCUCCAGAUGGCCUCUAGCAGAA